AAAUAUUGUUUACUCUCUUGAUCAGAUUACGAGAUAAAAGUCGAACUCGAUCCUCUGUACUUUACAUAUAUAUAUAACAGCACGUCCACUGUCCACAGCACUGAGUGAUCACUGAUCAGACAUCAGACUAUCAGAGGGGCCAAUUUGCUAUUGGAGCCUCGGAGGGACGGGGAGAAUAAUGGCCGUAAAGCUCAACAAGCCGCCCAAGGCGAAGAGCCUGUGGAUCCUCGUGCGGCGCCUCCUCCGCAGGAGUCGCAACCCGCCGCCGCCGGCCUCGGCCGCGCUGGAGGACGGCGAGGGGGAGAAGAGCGGCCUCCUCAGCCGAAGCUCCUUGGAGCAGCUGCUCGUGAUGACGGACGACUGCGCCCCUGGCGACGAUGGCGACGGCGACGGCGACGUCUGCCGGUGCGCCAAGAAGCCGCACGGCCAGCCGGUGGCCGUGCUGCUGCCGGCGCUGGCCCGGCCAGAGGCGUCCGCGGCUGCGGUGCCGUCGGCAGCAGGUGCCGCGCACCGGAGGUUCGUGUUCGGCGGGUUCCGGCGGCGGCUGCUCAUUCGCAGGCCGUGGCGGCCUAUGCUGGUCGCCAUCCCGGAGUGACCGAUCGAUUAAUCGCGUGUCCGGUGAGUUGGUGGCGUGAAUUAGAGGCGCUGGGGGUAUGAUUCGGCAUUCGAGUGCGUGAGUCAGUCCGAUCAACUUCGAAGCAAUUGGGGGUAUGAUUCGGCAUUUUUCUGGGGUGCGCUUGUGAUCUGUCUGUAACUUUGCGUGCUCGCUGGUUCUUCCCUGUUCCUUCCUAAGUCCUAAUCCUAACUAGAAGGUUCCGUUCUUUUUUCUUUCUCACCAUUGAACAUACAAAGUUAUUUGAUCCGAAAAGGAAUUUAUAGCGGAGGAUCGGAGUAUGUUUCAUGUUGGUGUAGUGAAACGCGGUCUGCAACGACCUCGGUCCCCGAUACAGCAAACCCAAUGUUGGUUGGUGUAGUGAAACGGUCUGCAGCUUCCCUGCCAAUAUUUCA